UAGGAAAUGUAGUUUUGUAUGCAGGAACUGUAAUUCAAGUGGAGAGUCAACGAACUACAUUUCCCAGGUAUCUGAGCGCCGAAGCAAAGCCGCCUCAGCCAGGGCAAGCAAAGCCGUGUUAAGUUGUAUGAAAUAAACUCAGUGAUGGAGUUUCCAGAGGGCUUUAAUCAACUUGACCUGCUUGAGUCUCAUGGCCACAUGAUCCCCAAAGGGUCAAAGAGUGAAUGGGAAGAAAAUGAAGAUGAGGAGGAUGAUGAUGAAAGUCAAACUGAGGAGUGGCAUCAGCAACACGAGCUUAGAUUACAAGACACCCCCACUGAACUGAUGUUAUGGGCUGCUGAGAGGAAUAGAUUGGCCACAGUAGAACGUCUCCUCGCAUCGAACAGCACCCUUGCUAGUUGUUAUGAUAGUGAUGGUUACACCCCUCUACACCGCGCUGCCUACGGUGGCCAUUUCACAGUGGUCUUAGCUCUUUUGGACGCUGGAGCAGAUCUUCAUAUGAGAACAGCAGAUGGUUGGACGCCACUUCAUAGCGCCUGUUGCUGGGGUCACACCUCUGUGGCUUCCUAUCUUUUAAGGCAGGGAGCAGAGGUCAAUGCUAUGACAAAGGGCAAACUCACACCAUUGCAGUUAGCUGCAGGAAAUGCUGAAGCGGGUCAAACUAUUGAACUAUUGUUGUCACAGCGCACCCUGCAGAUUGGUGUAAAAAACAGCGCAGGAGAGAUAGCUUAUGACAUCGCAUACCGCACAGGUCCCCAUCACAGACUGUUUGAGAUGGCAGAGUCAUGUAAUAACAUCCACUGACCCACAUUUGCUUAGCAAUCAGCUUCUGAAAUUAAGCUUAGAAGCGUUAUAAAUAAAUGUUGAUGUGUUCAAGUUCAUUACUAGAUAUUAGAUCACCAUGUAAAUUUAGUAACAUAUGUCAACAACAUGUAAUUAUUUUCCUUGUAAUUAUACAUACUUUAUAUGCUGAAUUCCUGAUAUAAAUCAUACAUAUCUAAAGUAGGGAUUAUGAAUACAGGAUUAUGAUAUUAUUAUGUUUUGAAAUAACACCAUGUAUUUAAAGGUACAAUUUGUAAGAUAUUUGCAGUGAAAUAUCAAAAAAGCAUUAGGCCAGUGCUAUAUAUUUUAUCCAGCUAAUUUCUAACAAUAUCUCUAAUGUUUCAACUACUGGUAAAUUAUGCAAAAAUUGUCAAUGACAUUAAUAUCCAUGUUACCACAGAAAUCAUAUGUAGGUAGACGCCCUAUCUACCACUUCUGCCUAAUGGCUCCACUAUAUCUCAGUGAAUGCAAACUGAUUUUAAUGCGUGUUUUUUGCUGUAAAGGUCAUUCAGGUGGCUAUGAUACAGGACACAUGGUUUGGUGUAUUUUAACCCCUUAUGUGGCGCAAAUCCCCUUUGAAUGGGGGGUGACAGUGUGAUUUACAACUUAAAACAAGACCAAGAUUAGGCAUUCAAAAGAAGACACUAGAUCAGGGGUGUCAAACAUGCGGCCCGCGGGCCGGAUACGGCCCGCAAAGGUGUCCAAUCCGGCCCGCGUGAUGAUUUACGCAGUAUUAUUAAAUAUUAAAUACAUAUUUUAAAAACCCUUUUAGGCGGGUGUCUUUUUCGUUUUUAAUAUGAGAGACUUGCGGAAAGCAGCAAAACGCGGAACAUAGAAUAAACAUGGUGCUUAAAAAUCUUGCCGUUUUAUUGUUACCGCUCCGCUAAAGAUCCACCGUUUCUGGUAAUCCACUUCGUGUUUUCCCGCCCGCUCCUCAGCAUCUCUGUGUCCACUCUCUGCCUGGAGAGCGAAGACGACAGUUUCCGAAGUUCGUUGCAUUAACAGGUAGAUUCAUUACAUUAUAUCAGUUGUUAAACCGCAGAAUUAGUAAUUUGUAAGUAUGUUUAUGUAUUUCUUCUGGUAAUGAUUUGCUGUCAGUGUUCUAAAAGUGCUAACAACUUAUCAAGCUAACAAAAACAAAAUAUCCACAUUCUUAUUAACGUUACAAUGCUUGUCUAAUCGAUUUAAUGUUCCCGAUCAGAUCUAAGUUAAUAUAAACACUAAAUUAGCUGUUGUUGGCACACUUUGUAGACAAAAAAUACAAAAAACACCAAUGCCUUCACAAAAUAACGACAGGGAACGGAAAGAGAGGCUUUUAGCAGCAGUUCAACAUUGCAAACAUGGAUUCAAAGCUCCAUCAAGCCAGCAGGUAAAUCAUAUUGAAUAUUUAGCAGAUUGUCACACUUUAAUUCUUAUUAUAUGUCCCAUUAUAAUCACUUGUCUAAGUUGAUGCUAGUUAUAUAACACAUCAUAUUUAUAAUACUUUAUUAAAACCAUAAUGAUAGUACCACCACCCAUAGUGCCAUUUUUGGUUUGGGCCACUGCCCCAUCUAGCACUUUCUAAAUGACUGUUUUUAUUACAAAUAUAUUCCAAAGAAAAGUGAAUGGUUUAUAAAUAAUUUUGGCAUUAAGGCAAAAGAAGUUAAAUUAAAGCUUUUCAACCUAUAAGGCCAGUGGGUUUUGUUCAGAUGUAAAUUUGUGUGUAUAAUAUACAGUAUGAGUGUGACCUUAUGAAAUGUAGUUUUCACAGAGCUGUGUGUUUCUCUGGUUUUCUUGCUAAACAAACUAAUUAAUUGGUUUGUUUAGUUAAUUUUAACACAAUUUUCAGCACACUAAGGUUUAAAAAAAUUAUCCGGCCCGCACUUCAUGGCGUUAUUUACCAUCCGGCCCUCAGCCUAAAAUGAGUUUGACACCCCUGCACUAGAUGUCAACGGUUUGCUGCAUAUUCUUGUCACAAACUAAUAAAUUACUGUCACUGCAUUAUUAUUAAUGCAAAAAGGUUUUGACACAUGAAAUGCUUUCCUAUGGGUGCAUACUUGUCACAAACUAAUAAAUUACUGUCGCUGCAUUAUUAUUAAUGCAAAAAGGUUUUGACACAUGAACACUACAUUCUUAGAGCUUUCCAACAAUAUAUAGUUUGUUGUCAACAUUUUUUGAAGAUUUAUAAUAUGAUAUAGUUUUAUAAAUAAAAAUAAUAAUUAAAAUGCAUUCCUAUGGGUGGGUGCAUGUAAAAAAUAACUGUCACUAUGUUAUUUCUAUCACCAUAUGACCUUGACACAUGAAAACUACAUUCUGAGAGCUUUCCCGUGAUAUAGUGUUAUAAAAAUGCAAAAACAAAUUUGGCAUACCUGUGGGCCCGUGACCUUUUAGAAACUGGCUCUUACUAUGUCAUAAUUUUCUCCAAAUGGUAAUGAAAUAUGAAAAUUACACUCUUUGAACUUUUCAAUAAUAUAUAGUUUGUCAAGAUUUAGGUUGAUAAUAGUGGAACAUUCUAAAAAUUUAAGCAUAAAAAUUUAUCUUAUUCCGUAUCAAUAUAAGUCUGAUGUUACCAAAAAUGGCCAGAUCGAAUAUUGUAGAAGUCAGGGCGUACAAUCCGAUCUGAUAACAACACGGACCUUAACUGUCAUGGCAACCUGGUGUAAAGCUGACUGGCUGAGCAACAUGAAUUUGCAAAAAGUUGCACUUUAAAUUGUGCAAAGUUGCACCUUAAAUUUCAUUUAGAAUUUUUGUGCUGACUAAUUAAAAAUGUAGCUACUAGUCUGUUAAACAUUUAAAUAAAAAUGAAGCAGCAGUAUUGCACAAUGUUUCAAUAGGGCUUUUCACACUGCGCUUAACCCUGGGUUAUCUUCGUUGUAAACCCUGCUUUUAACCCUGGGUUAAGGAUCGUUUCACACUUGUAAUUUAGAAGCAGGGUUAUCCCUGAAAUUGCUUGAAAGCAGGUUUAGCACCGCUUUUGUGGGGUUAACCCCGCAUUGUGGUGCCAAACGCAUGCAGGGUUAGAAUGUUAUGACCCUAAUUAAACACAGCUGAAGUAGCUAAUCAAGGUGUUCAGGGUUGCUUGAUAAUUACAGACAGGUGUGUUGGAGCUGGGUUGGAGACUCCUGACCCAGGGUUUAGCAAUGCACAGUGUGAAACGUCAAAUUAUGAAUACCCAGGGUUAUCUCUUAACCCCUGGUUAAGUUUGAACAGUGUGAAACAUGAAAAAAAUAACCCAGGUUUCCGUUAACCCUGGUUUUAGAAUAACCCAGGAUUAACAAUUUCAGGUGUGAAAAGCCCUAUUGAGUCUUGAAUUUGCACAGUAAAACAUUUCUUUUGUAGCUCUGUUUAAGCAUGAUGCUUUUUGUAGGGCUAACAAAUGUGUUAUUUGCAGCCUAAUUGAUUAAAAGUCCGAUAGAGAUGGUAUUGGAUCGGUAUCAACAAAUACUCAAGGUUAUGGUAUCGACAUCAAUAUCACUAAAUAAGACAAAAAAAGGAAUCCGCACACUGAACUCACCAAAAAAAUAUAUUAAUUUAUUUAAUCACCAAAGUAACGUUUCGGGCUACCGCCCUUCUUCAGACUUCAACAAUAAAACACUUAAGCAAUUUUACAGCUUUAUUUUCAUGAAUCAGCUUUAUGGGAUAUCCUCUGUGCGUUUAGUCAGGAUGCUGGAACAGCCAUGGGUAUCGAAAUCACCCGAUUGGCUGUUCUCUGGUCGAUAUGUUGAUUGCUUUGCUUUCCCGUGGCAUCAUGGGAAAGCUGGGAUAGAUCAUUCCAUCCGAUGCUUGCUUCAGGUUUCGGACAGUACUUAAGUAUACGUACCUCCAAAUCUCACGAGAAAUAGUCCAAAAUCCUGGUAAUUCUCUCCUACCCUUUUAUGUAUUGUGAGGUUUCGAACAUACUACUCGUUCGACCUACUGCUUUUUACCUACUAUAUACACUGUAAAACCCGAUAAGUUAACUCAACUUGAACCGUUUGAGGAAACCGAUUGCCUUAAACCAGGGGUGUCAAACUCAAUUUCAUCCUGGGCCACAUCAGCAUUACGGUUGCUCUCAAAGGGCCGGUUGUAUUUGAAGGACUGUAUGA